AUGGCGGCGCCCAGUUUGGGUGUUUUGAAUGAAAACUUGGGAUAUGAUAUAGAAAAUGUAAACUGUUCACUGCCAUUACAAAAGUUUUUUCAUCAGUGCGUUGCCACUACAGUGCAAUAUGUAGGAUUUUUUAUUGGAGUUUCGUCUGUCUUUCUCUGGCUUAUGGCCCAUCUUAUAUUAUUUAAAAUUCGUCAAUCAGAUGGUACCUUUGGUAUAAAGACAUUUUUUUAUCUAAUUAAUAUAUGUAUAGCUGAUAUAUUCAAUCUAGUUGGUGCCGCGUUGACAGAGCAACUAGGUACACAGAUUUUAACUGCUGUGUUUUUUGUCUUCAUGGAUGUCUUAUUUUUUAUUCAAUUCUUCUGCGCAAGGUGUGCAUGUUGUGGUGCUUAUUGCAAGAAAUAUAAAAACUCCUGUGCAACUUGUUGGUGGAAACAACGACGCCGACAACAGAGCAAACAAGUGUAUUGUCUUAUCGUGCCGUGGUUGAUGUCUGGUGUGUAUUUAUUUUCAAAGUUUCUUCCAACUUAUUUAAUGGGAAUUUCCCAUCCACAUGUCAAGAGUACAGGGAGGGUUCUACUGUCCGUCUUGGAGGACAGAAGCAGUGAAAUUGGAUAUUCAUUAGGGAUUUGUUCUACAGCAUUGUAUUGGAUAUCACGGUUUCCAACGAUAUAUGAUGGGAUUAUGUUGCUGAGUUGUUGGAAUAAAAAAGGUGACAAUAAAAAUAACAUCAGUAAUGUGAUGGCACUGUUAGAAGAGGACGAGGAUGUGGAGCCUGGUUCAAAUAUUGAUGAAGACAACCAUGAAUUAGUCACGGUCAAACCCAUCAACACUAAGUACAUGAAAGAAAUCCGGAAAAAUGGUAAAAAUUUUGAGGAAUUGGAAAUGCUGCAGAAGAAGCCGAAAGAAAAAAAGACUGGUUUACUGGUGGAGAUACCCCAUGAUGAUGGUUACCUUGCUGAGAGAGAAGAUUCUGAUGAAGAGACUGAGAUUUCGCAGUUUCUCCAGGAUUCGUCUGCUGUACCACACAGGGUAAACAUUAAUCUAAGUCUGAGUGACUCUUCCGAACAUUCUUCGGAACACUCUUUGGAAUAUACACUUCAAAACUCAGAACUGGAGACCAGACUGGACACAUGUAGACCAGACUGGGCACAUGUAGACCAGACUGGGCACAUGACAGACCUGACUGGGCACAUGACAGACCUGACUGGGCACAUGACAGACCUGACUGGACACAUGAUAGAUCAGACUGGACACAUGACUGAUCAGACUGGACACAUGACUGAUCAGACUGAACACAUGACUGAUCAGACUAGACACAUGACUGAUCAGACUGGACACAUGAUAUACCAGACUGGACACAUGACAGACCAGACUGGAACUGGACUAGACACAUGUAAACUAGACCAGACACAAUUUUACUAG